AUGACAGCCAAAUCCCGUGUCCGAGUGGACCAUGACGAACAACAACGAACACAGGUGCAGUCCCACUUGCAGGACGAAGGGUCUGCGACGGAGCCUGCACAGCCUGCGGAUCCUCCUUUAGAUCACCCAGACAGCAACAAGGUGCACAAAUGGAUUUCUUCGGCAUAUCAUCUGGGCUCGUUGCGGCUAGAAAACAAGGGAGCAGUCGCCCGCGAUCAUCUGGCCAACGAGAGAACGUUCUUAGCAUGGAUGCGUACUUCCAUGACCUUUGCUACCCUUGGUGUGGGUCUCUCUCAGCUUCUGCGACUUUCGGACUCGGCCACUAACGUCAACGACCCACAGGACCAGCUGGACAAGAUUGAGGACAACAAACGUCUUGCUCGAAUAGCAGGAGCUUUGUUUGUGUCAGCUGGCAUUGUGGUUUUGCUUCUUGGAACCACCCGGUACUUCCACUCACAGCACAUGAUUGUGAACAAUCACUUUCCUGUAUCCCGAAUGUCAGUCUUGUUCGUUAUGUGUCUCACUCUGGCACUUGUGGGAGUGAUUAUUUGGAUGGUACUGAGAGUAUGA